GAGCCGGACAAGUGCGCUGCUUCGCCCACCUCGGGCGAACCGAACGGCCACGACAGCGGCACUGAAGAGUUCACCUACGAGUCGGCCAUCCAGGGCUACAUGAAGUUCGCCGAGAAGACGGCGGCCACGGCCCGCCUGCCGCCGCCCGAGACGCCCUCGCCGUCCCUGUCGCCCGUCGACUCGUCUCGGCGCCGCGAGCCCAGUCCGCGCGCCGCUUCACCCAUGGAGAAGUCCGAGACGGGACGCCCGUCGGUGGUGCUGCGAGAGAAGAAGGCCAAGGUGGACGUGCUGAAGCGUCGCUCGAUGUUCGAGCAGCGCAGCGGCAGCGAGGAGCGCUCGCCGCUCGCGCAGCGCCGCCAGCAGCGCAAGUCGAUGGAUCUGAGUGACGGCCUGCGCCACCGGAUCGCCUCUCUGGAGACAGUGAGCGGCGCCGGCGGCGACGAGGCGCGCUGGCGGCCAAGCUGGCCAUGUUCAACACUGGAGAACAGUCGCGAGGCCACGGCCGACCGGCGCGGCCCGGUCGAGAUCCCGCGUCAGAAGAGCGCCUCGGACCUGCGCUCGCGGUUCGAGCGGAUGGCCUCAGAGCAGGCUGCCGAGCCGGCCGAGCGGCCGCGCAGCUCGCUGGAGCGGCCCAGCGAGCCGGAGGGCGGCCACUGGCGACACGCCUCGCUGGACGCGCGCCGCUCUCUGGACGCUGACCGGCGGCCGGAGGGCGCCGAGACGGAGACCCGCUCCCUGGAGACGGCCGCCCGACAGCCGCCCAAGGUGGUGUCGGCCGUGCCGCCGGCCGCCGCCGUGGAGCGGCCCGCCGAGCCGGAGCCGGCCCCGGCCGCCAGUCCGGAGCCCGAGCUGGAGCCCGAGCCGGAGUCCUGGGAGCCGACCCCGGCGCCGCUGACCAACGGGCACAGUGCGAGCCCGGCGGCCGAGCCGGCGCGCGCGGCGCCCGUGCCUUUGGCUGCGCCCGCCGCCGGCCCCGAGACCAGUGCGAGCAAACCGGCCGGCUGGGCGCCCGUGGCCGCCGUGGGCUCCGCUCCGGCGCCCUACUCGGCUCCCGCGGCGGCGCCCGCUCCGGUGGCGGCUCCGGCUCCGGCCACACGCAGCGCCAUGUCUGAGCCAGCUCCGGCUCCGGCCCCGGCUCCGGCUCCGGGCCCGGCGGCUGAGGAGGAGCCGGCCCAGGAGGCCCCUCCGGCGAAGGAGCAGGAGUCGGCGGUUCCGUCGUGGGAGGAUCCGGCGACAGCCGUGGACGAGAUGGAGGCCCAGAUCCUCCGUCAACUGGAGGAGAGCGAGCGGUCCCAGAUGGUCGCUGAUGUGCCGGUGGUGCUCGACUUUCCGCUGCAGCCGUCCGCGGCGGCCCCGCCCAGUGAGAAGCCUCCGCCGCCGCCACCAGAGGACGACGACGAGCCCGUGGAGAUUCGACCGGUCAAGUCGACGAGCUCCGUGAAGAAGGACCUGUACCGCCGCCGCUCCGACUUCCUUGGCAUCCAGGGCAGCGCCGAACAAGAGCCGGUGCCGACGGUGGCCCGGCCGCCCGACAUGGAGUCGCUGCUGCGCCAGGAGCGCGCCGCCCAGCAGGAGCAGGAGCGCCGCCGGCAGGCGCAGGAGACGGCGCGCCGGCGCGAGCAGGCGCGCCAGGAGUCGCUGCGCCAGGCCGAGGAGGAGGCUGAGACCCGUGCAGAGGAGUUCCGCCGCCGCGCUCAGCAGGAGAAGGAGCAGCGCGCGCAGGAGCGCCGCGCCCUGGAGCUGCAGCAGGAGCAGGAGCGGCUCCAGGAGCAGGAGCGACAGCGGCAGCAGCAGGAGCAUGAGCGACUGGCCGAGCAGCAGCGGCAGAAACAGGAACAGGAGCGGCAGCAGGAGCAGGAGCGUCUGCAGAAGGAGCAGGAGCGGCUGCAGCAGGAGCGGCGCGCCCAGGAGGAGCGGGAGCAGGAGUGGCGGCGGCGGAGCGCUCCGGCUCCUGCUCCGGCUCAGGAGCGGUGGGCGCAGGAGUCGCUGUCCGACCAGGAGCGCGAGUGGCGCCGCCGCAAGGAGCGCCUCUCCGAGGAGGAGGUGGACCGUCAGGAGCGCGAGAUAAUGGAGAGCCUGGAGAAGGAGGAGAACUGGAGGCACAGCCAACAGAUGAGAUACCAGUCCCGACUGGCGCGCCGCCAGGCCUCAGACCAGCAGUGGCAGCGCACCCAGGAGUGUCCGCCGGGCGGCGGCCCGGGCGCUCAGUCCGACCUGCUGGCCAGUCGGCACCAGGCGCGCUCCAACCCCAACCUGCUGCACGAGGCGCCCGGUCCGAGCGCGCUGGUGCCGUCCCGCAGUCACGGCGACCUGCAGGCGCCGGCCGGCGGCGGCCCGCUGCAGCAGAGCCGCAGCCACGGCCGGCUGUACGACACGGAGCCGGCGCCGGCGCCGACCGCGCGCCGGCCGGCCCGGCCCGGCGGACACCCGGCCCAUGGCGCGCGGUCCCAGCACCCGCAGCCGAGCCCCUCACCCACGGACGGCGGUCCCGGCCAGAUGACCCGCACCACGCUGCACGCGCUGUCGGCGGCGCCGCGCUCCAACCUGCGGCAGGAGUGGAUGCUGCGCAAACGGGCCGACGCGCCGCGCAACACCGACCAGCACUGGCUGAUCCAGGAGGCUGAGCAGCGGAGGAUCAGUGAGCAGCAAGAGCGCUCCUCCCGGCAGAAGCACCAUCCACCGGCGCCCUACCAGGCACCGCGGGCGCCGGCGCCAGUCCAGCACCCGGCUCAGCACCCCGCUCAGCACCCGGCGCAGCACCCCGCGCAGCACCUGGCGCAGCACCCAGCGCAGCACCACCAGCACCCAGUGCCGCAGCAGUACCCCGCCUACUACACCCAGCAGCCCAUCUACGAGAACACGCCGGCGCAACUCAAUAGCAACAACUACCAGGACAUCAGCACGGUCCGGCCAAACUACGGCACACAGGUGUACCACAGUCCUGACAUGCGGUCACCGCAGCCGGAGCCGGCCCAGAGCCCCGAGGACCGCGUGCUCAGCGUUAGUGGCCGGAAAAAGUGCUCCCACUGCGGCGAGGAGCUCGGUCGGGGCGCCGCCAUGAUUAUCGAGAGUCUGCGCCUCUUCUACCACAUCAACUGCUUCAAGUGCUGUGUCUGUAACGUGCAGCUGGGUAACGGCUCGAUGGGCGCCGACGUGCGGGUGCGGAACAACAAGCUGCACUGUCACGACUGCUACUCAAAUGACGAGGGCCUCAAGUUCAGUAAAGUGUAG